AUGGGUCAGUUUUCUCCUUCCAAAUUUCUUCUUGCUAUCUUCCUCCUCUUCUCAAUUGCUAAAUCACUGCCUACAUCAACCAGUGGUAGGACUUACAUAAUCCACAUGGACAAAUCAGCAAAGCCAGCUUCUUUCUCUUCUCAUCAUGAUUGGUAUAUUGCAACACUAUCAUCUUUGUCAUCACCAGAUGGUAUCUCUCCUACCCAUCUCUAUUCUUAUAACCAUGUGAUUGAUGGCUUCAGUGCUGUACUGUCUGAAAGUCACCUUCACCAACUAGAAGAAUUGCCUAGUCAUGUUGCUACAUUUCCAGAAUCAUUUGGUCAUCUCCAUACUACCCAUACCCCAAAAUUUCUCGGUCUGAACAAGCACACUGGACUAUGGCCAGCAAGCAAGUUCGGUGAUGAUAUCAUAAUUGGUGUUAUUGAUACUGGGAUUUGGCCGGAAAGUGAGAGCUUCAAUGAUAAACACAUGCCUCCAGUGCCAGAGCGCUGGCGAGGCAUAUGUGAAAUUGGAGCUGAAUUUAAUGCUUCUCGUUGCAAUAAAAAGCUGAUCGGAGCACGAAAGUUUAGUCAAGGAAUGAAACAGUAUGGCCUGAAUAUAUCAAACACAGAUGACUAUGAUUCUCCCAGGGAUUUCAUGGGUCAUGGAACUCACACAUCUUCGACAGCAGCCGGUAGCCGGGUGCAACGUGCUGAUUAUUUCGGUUAUGCACAAGGCACAGCAACUGGAAUGGCACCAGCAGCAAGGAUAGCUAUGUAUAAAGUACUGUUCUAUAGAGCCGAUAACGAUGACUAUGAUGCUGCUGCAACUGAUGUACUUGCAGGAAUGGAUCAAGCUAUAGAAGAUGGAGUAGAUAUCAUGUCAUUGUCUCUGGGAUUCUUUGAAACGCCUUUCUUCAAGAAUCCAAUAGCCAUAGGAGCAUUUGCAGCAUUAAGAAAAGGUAUAUUUGUUACAUGUUCAGCUGGAAAUGGGGGUCCUCAUGGAUACACAAUGCUUAAUGGAGCUCCUUGGCUGACAACAGUUGGUGCUGGAACUAUUGACCGUGAGUUUGGAGCUCAUAUUACUCUUGGAAAUGGAGAUAUGACCUUCACCGGACAAUCCAUAUAUCCGGAAAACUUGUUUGUAUCUAGGAUUCCUGUAUAUUUUGGAUAUGGAAAUAGAAGCAAGGAAAUCUGUGACUGGAACUCUUUAGAUCCUAAAGAUGUUGCAGGCAAGUUCAUCUUCUGUGACCAUGAUAAUGAAACAUCAUUGUUUCGUAAGACAACAUCUGAAACAGACAGAUACGGUCCAGACAUUGCUGGAGCUGUUGGUGCUAUCUUUAGUGAAGAUGACGGAGAAUUUGAACAUCCUGACUACUUCUAUCAACCAAUUGUGUUAGUGAGCACAAAAGAUGGAGACUUGAUAAAGAAAUAUAUACUCAACACAACAAAUGCAACUGUUAGUGUUGAGUUUGGAAAAACAUUGUUAGGCAUUACUCCAGCUCCAAAAGUAGCGUACUUUUCUUCACGAGGGCCUGACGAAAGAUCUCCAUGGAUUCUCAAACCUGAUAUAUUAGCUCCUGGGUAUCACAUUUUAGCAGCAUGGGUUCCUAACAGAGGCUUCGCACCCAUUCGCGAAGAUGAUUAUUUGCAAACAGAUUAUGCUCUUCUUUCAGGAACUUCAAUGUCUUGCCCUCAUGCGGCUGGUGUGGCUGCAUUGCUCAAAGCUACACACCGCGACUGGAGCUCAGCUGCUAUCCGAUCAGCAAUGAUGACUACUGCAUAUGUUACCGACAAUUCAAAUGGUCGAAUCAUUGAUAUGACUACUGGAGUUGAAGGAACUCCUCUUGAUUUUGGGGCAGGACAUUUGAAUCCUAAUAAAGCUAUGGAUCCUGGACUAGUUUAUGACAUUCAAUUGGAGGAUUAUAUCAACUACUUGUGUGCAUUGAACUACACAAGUCAGCAGAUCAAAAUUAUAUCCGGAACGCUGAAUUUUACCUGCAAAUAUGCUAGUUUGGAUCUUAAUUAUCCUUCUUUUAUGGUUAUACUAAACAAGACUAAUACAACUACCUCUACAUUCAAAAGGGUAUUGCUGAAUGUGGCGGAUACUGCCUCCGUUUAUAAGGCUGUAGUGGAAGUUCCGCCGGGCAUGAAAGCUGUUGUGCAGCCAACAACAGUUAGCUUUAUGGGAAAAUAUAGCAAAGCUGAGUUUAAUCUGACUGUGGAAAUUAACUUGGAAGUUGAUAGUGUUGGACCAGAGAGUGAUUAUUCUGGGAAUUAUGGAUUCUUGAGUUGGUAUGAGGUUAAUGGGACUCGUGUGGUUAGAAGUCCCAUUGUCUCUGGAAUUGCUUCAGCUAGGAACCCUUAAAACUUGAGUUAUUUGCUUGAAUUGCUCUGGUUUGGAAAUUACAAUCCUUUUGUUUGUUUCAGCCAAGAAUAUCAU